UGUCAGCGCCCAGAGUCACAUUUUAAAUCGUCAACAAACAUAAAUAAAAUAUAAAGAUGUCUGAAAUGUCAGAUGAUGAUGAAGAUGUUAUACAUAUUAUUAAAAAAGAUAAAGUUAUACAGUAUGGUAGUUUAGAAGAGAAAGAAAGACAAAGAUUAGCUAAUACUGGGUCAAGUGGUUCAUUGGCUAAUGAUGCUAUUGAAGCAGGGAAAGCAUCAGGCAAUAUCAACAUAACAUCAGAGAGUAACCAAUUUGAAAUAGAUGAUGAUGCAGGUCAAGCUGAAGCUUUAGCAGAAUUUAAUAAAAGAAAAAGAGCACGUCAAAUUCAAGUGUCCACAGAUGAUUUUGAAGUUAAAGCAAGAUUAAGGGAAAAUGGAGAACCAAUAUGUUUAUUUGGUGAAGGACCAGCAGAAAGAAGAGAACGUCUUCGUCAGAUUUUAGCUCAGAUUGGUGCAGAUGCAAUAAAGAAAAGGGCAGAAGAGAAAGCUGCUGAGGCUAAAAAGAAAGAAGAGGAAAAUGUAACCUGGUAUCAUGAAGGAUCUGAAAGUUUAAAAGAGGCAAGACUUUGGCUUGCUAAUUAUUCACUACCCCGUGCUAAGGAGAGGGUCACAAAACAAAAAUUAGAGAAAAAUAUACCAGCAACACAACAAAACGCCAAGUUACAAGAAUUACAUAAAAAGAUUAGGUCGGUUACCAAUGAUUGUAGUCAAAUAGGAGACAAUAGACCUCUAUCUUUCUGUCAGUUUAGUCCCAAUUCUAAAUUAUUAGCAGUUUCAUCUUGGUCAGGAUUAUGUAAAAUCUGGUCUAUACCAGAAUGUGAAAUGGUUAGAGAACUGAGAGGUAGUCACAAUUGUAAUGUUGGAGCUAUAGUAUUUCAUCCUCAAGCCACAUUAAGUUUAGAUGAUAAUGCUUGUUGUAUGGCAUCAUGUGGACAAGAUGGUACUGUCAAACUCUGGAACCUUGUCAGUGAAGAACCUAUUGCCGAUAUUGAAGGUCAUUCACCAUAUAGAGUAUCGCGUCUAGCUUAUCAUCCCUCUGGAAGAUUUCUUGGUACAUGCUGUUUUGAUAAUUCAUGGAGAUUAUGGGAUUUAGAAGCUCAAGAUGAAGUAUUACAUCAAGAAGGUCAUAGUAAACCUGUUUAUGAUAUAUCAUUUCAAUGUGAUGGGGCAUUAGCAGCUACUUGUGGAUUAGAUGCAUACAGUAGAGUUUGGGAUUUGAGAUCAGGUAGAUGUGUAAUGUUUUUAGAAGGUCAUCUCAAAUCUGUAUUGGCAAUAGAUUUUAGUCCAGAUGGGUACCAUGUUGCUACAGGCAGUGAAGAUAAUAUGAGUAAAAUAUGGGAUUUACGACAAAGAAAAUGUGUAUAUACCAUCCCAGCUCAUACUAAUCUUGUAUCUUAUGUUAAAUUCCAACCACAACAUGGUAAUUAUUUAGUAACAGCAUCCUAUGAUAGUACUGCUAAGAUCUGGGCUCAUCCAACAUGGACACCUUUAAGAACAUUAGCUGGUCAUGAAGGAAAAAUAAUGGGUUUAGAUAUAUCACCUGAUCUGAAACAUAUGGCAACAUGUUCAUUUGAUAGAACUUUUAAAAUCUGGAUAUCAGAGACUUCGGAAACAUUAUAGAUCAUUGAAUACAUAUGGUGAAAGAGUAAAACUAACUGUGGUGUGAAAUAUUUCUAUAUUGGUUUAUAACCAGCAAGAAAUUUCAAGAUGGCUAGAUGUUUUUUUAUUUUAAAAGUUCUUUUAUAGCCAAAAUGGUUCUUGAGUAUUAUCUGCAAUCAAAUCAUCAUCAUUAUGUCUUAUACCUUGUACCUUGACUGCAAUAGCCACUAUUCUUGUAUUACAGAAUAGAGCAACUCAUUGGAUGGUACACCAGUGAAUACAAUCAGUCAGAGUCCUGGACAGAAAGACAGUUUAUACUAUGUCUUAUUGUUUUCAAAUUUCCUGUCAAGGCCUCUGAUUAGCUGUAUUUUUUUUAGAAUACACUCAAAUGGCUACAUUUACAAACUUCUGUGAUAUUAGAAAUUGGCUAUUGGAGUCAAGGUAUAAGACAAACAGCUUGACAUUGUGAAGAUGCAUUCAAGUGUGCAUGAAGCAAGCUAUCAAAACUAUCAUUACAUCAUUUUCAUAUACCUUGUACCAUGACUAAAGUCAUAAAUAAAGUGUAUUUGUC